AUGGAGUCACCGGACACUUUCACGCUCCUCCCCCUCGAGAUGGACCCGCAAACCAGCACCAUCACCGCAUCCCAAAGCACCAGCAACGCCCUCCAGACCGAGCUCGACGCCCUAAACAACCUCCACAGAAACCUCCUGCACGUCGAAACUCCCACGGGCACACCGCCGCCUCCUGUCCCCGUCAACCCCAAGCGCUCCGCCCAGAUCAACAAGCUGCGCGAGUCGGGCAACGCCGAGUUCAGGAAAGGAAAGCCCGAAGAGGCGGGCAAGCUCUACACCCUCGCAAUCGACAUGGCGCUCGCACGUCCGGCAUGGGAACCUUCAGGUCUCGUCAGGGAAGAAGUCUCUGGACUGCUCAGCAACCGCGCACAAGCAAACAUGGCACUCAAGAACUGGGCAGAGGGCGCAGUAGACGCAGAGGCCAGUGUGGAGAUGAAGAAGGUGGGCAACGCCAAGGGCUGGUGGAGGCGGGGCAAGUGUCUGCUCGAGAUGGGCAGGCUGGACGAGGCAGAGCAGUGGGUCAAGCAAGGAUUGGAGUUUGAGGCAACAGAGCAAGAUCUCGUCAACUUGAGGGACGAGAUCGAGAGGAAGCUGAGAGGCGAGGUUUAG